GCUGUCCCGUUUGCGUUGCUCUCAUCUUCAUACCGCACCAAUGGAGCACUUCGGGGCAGCGGCGGCCGGCGAUGUCCGUAUGUGCCAGACCGUCCUGCCGGCCCAUGCCAACAACCGCGGGGAGCUGAGCGCCGGGCAGCUCUUCAAGUGGAUCGACGUCACCGCCUACCUGGCAGCUGAGAAACAUGCCGGUAUGUCUUGUGCAACAGUGUCUAUGGAUGAUAUACAGUUUGAAGAGGCUGCCAGGAUUGGACAAAUUAUUACCAUCAAAGCAGAGGUGAAGAGAGCAUUCAAAACCAGCAUGGAGGUUGGCAUCAAGGUUACAGUACAGGAAGCUUUGCUUAAUGCUGAAAAAAUUGUGUGUAUAGCAUAUGCAACAUAUGUAGCCAUACCGUUUGGUGCUGCAAAGAUUGAAUUAGAACCUGUAAAGAUUCUGUCUACAGAAGACCUCCUGGAGCACACUCUGGCUGCUGAGAGAAGAAGAAUCCAAGUGGGCUAUCAACAGGUCUUUCAGAACCUAGUGCAGCAAUUGGCUAGAGAAGAUAUUUCUGAAGGGGAAGAUGCUGUUUCAACCAGCUUUACUCAUGUACUGAAUGUUGAGCUUGUUCAGCCUCUUCAUGCAAACCAGCAUGGAAAUACUUUUGGUGGCCAGAUCAUGGCUUGGAUAGAGACGGUGGCAAGUGUUUCAGCAAGGCGCAUUUGUCGUUCACAACCCGUCUUGAAAUCAGUCAGUAUGUUUAAAUUCUGGGGACCAUCAAUUGUGGGUGACCGCCUUGUCUUCAAUGCAAUUGUGAACAAUACAUUUCAGAAUAGUGUGGAGGUUGGUGUCCGUGUUGAUGCUUAUAACUGUGAAGAAUGGAUUAAGAACCAAGCACGACAUAUUAACAGCGCGUUUCUCGUUUUCAACGCUGUAAAUGACGAUGGAGAGCUGCUUACCUUGCCGAGAAUCCGACCUACUUCAGAGGAUGCUAUGAGACGAUACCAUGGAGCUGUUGCCCGAAGGAGAAUUCGGCUAGCAAGAAAAUGCUUGCUGUCUACUAUCGAAGACAGACCUCACACCUGGGAUGGAAGCAACCAGGCAUACGUGAAUUACAGCAGUAUUGCAGUACUGGCAAACCUAGCGGCAAAGCCAGGAUGGGAAUUAAUGACUGCACGGGAUGAUGUAAACAUAUGGACUCUCGAGGAGGGGGAUGUGUUGUCUCUCAGGGUUGGAAUGAAAGUGAAUAUUCCGUCACAUGUAGCUUUUUACUUGUUGUCUGACUUCACACUCCGCCAAGGAUGGGACGCACAUUUCAUAACUUGCGAUCUCCUACAGGCUUUGAAUAAUGACGAGAAAAUUUAUUAUGUUACUUGUCCACCCGUGGCUGGCCAUAAAGCCAGAGACUUUGUGAUUCUUGUGUCUCAAAGGCAAGCAUGUAAGCCAAGUGAACCCUACAUAAUAGCUGUGAAGUCAGUUACCCUCGCGACGAUGCCACCUUGUCUGGAAUACUGGAGAAGUGAAAUCACUUGUGCUGGAUUCCACAUCUACAGCGACACCAACAGCUCCUGUAUGGUGUAUUACUUCAAUGAAGUGACAGCCGGUAGUAUGCCGUACCUAGCUGCAAAUCUUACUGGCUUAUCAAAAUCCAUCGAAGACACUGCUUUGCAAUGUAAAACGUUCUUGGAGCAGAAAGGCAGCGAGUAAAGAAACGUAAACUUGUUUCCGAAGCCACCUCUGAAGAAUGUCAAGCAGCACUUCUUUAAAUUCCUGCACGUGUGUUUUUUCUCUACACGUUCGUUACUUUGGAUCAUGCAGCCAACACUAGGCUUGAACCUGAGCAUAUCUAGUAUAAGCAUCUCCCAAAGAUUAGGCCAUCAGCUCUAAAUUAAAUUUUAAAUUUUAAAAAGAUUAAAGGACAGAUUCUUCCCUCAAUUGCAUUAAUGAAUUUUAGGUAAAUGGCAGCAGAACGUGGCCCAGUAGAACUCCAGCUCAUGAGACUAGUUCACUAUUCUCAUGUUACAAUGAACAUAAUGGGGCCCAAUUUUAAAUUAGUAAAUAGCAUCCUGUCUAAUUGGCAGAGAAGGGGUGCUACUCAGUAGCUUAUCCAGUGCUCCAACUGGUUGUCCAGGUUCUUGCACACCUAUUUAUAUAGAGAUUGCACCCUCUGUAACUUAAUGUUGGCUAAUGUUUGCACAUUGUCUUAAUACUUGAAGUUUAUCUUCUAAUAAAUUAUUCUUUCUGAUGC